CCUUUAUACCUUAAUGUUAAUUGUGAUCGGAUAUUAGACAGACAGAAGUCCUAGUCUUUAGUGCUGUUGAGGGAUUCCUGGUUUUAUUUGAGACAGUUUGAUGAGCUGGAUUUCAUGGACCCCCAACAGCCUGCCCCCCCACUGCAGCUGCAUGGCAACAGUUUUGCUAUGAGCUCUGGACAAGUGCCAAAACAAAGCAGGGGAGGAGGAGGAGGAGGAGGAGGAGGAGGACGUUGUGGUGGUGUUGGUGGUGGAGAAGGCCAAGAAGCAGAAUUUAAUCAGCAAAACUUGACCUCCUCUGCUCAUGUCAGUUCCAGGUUGAACCCAGGUGAGCAGUUUCAGUGUCCACUGGAGCCUCUGGUUCACUGCCAUGCCAAGGGCAAGCUGGACAUCAAGGGCCAGAGCUGCAGUCUACUCGCCAUCUGCCACUCAGGAGUAAUGUAUCCCUGGAUGAGUCCACGGACAACCAACUCUGAACAAUCCGUCGGCGGCGGCGGCGUGGCGGCAGAUCUGUCAGGCAGCGGAAAGCUGGGCCUGAGACGGGAGAGAACGGCCUUCACCAACAGCCAGCUGCUGGAGCUGGAGAAGGAGUUUCACUUCAGCCCUUACCUGUGUCGUCCCCGCAGGCUGGAGAUGGCCGCCGGGCUGCAGCUCACCGAUCACCAGGUCAAGAUCUGGUUUCAGAACCGCAGGAUGAGAUACAAGAAGGAGCACAAGUACAGAAAGGUGGCCGGUUCGUCCCAGUGGUCUCCCUGCGAACCCUCCCUGAGCUUGAGCUCAUGUGAGGACCACCUGAGAUUCCCAUGCGUUGUUAGAACUCCUUCCUCUUCCUCAUCAGAGCUGCAAUAUGUGGAUUAUGAACCGAUGCCAUCCUCUCUCUUUGGCGCUCACAAUGACACCAGCAGUGGUCAGUGUAUUCGCCACACAGACUUGCCCCAUCUGAGCUGCAUACUUCCAUCUGUUGCAAAUGGCCUCCCGCCCUCCUGCAUGGGCGCAGAUAGUCAUCACCAUGCUGGCAUUUCAAAUUGGCCCUAGGGUCCCAUAAUGGCCAUCCCUCCCGUGCUCAUCAAAAUCUCAAUGAUACAUCCACUCUCACUUACUUAUGAAAGACGGGAGGAUGUCUGAUUAGCAUCCCUGUGCUGUAAUCCCCUGAACGCACCCGUUCACCAUUCAUGAAACAUUUUAAUUAAACUAUGUGAGCAUAUCUUAAUUAAAGGAGAGCUACAGUGAUAUCAUUUAUGUUUCUCAGGCACGGUUGCUGAAGGCUGCGGGUCUUCAAACUUGCUGCUCAUAUUGUACAUACACAGCAUGCAUGAGACACACGAGCAAUUAAUAAUUCCACGUUGUUUUGCUGUAAUUUCGUGACUGUUACAUUUGUAUUGUCGUUGCAUGUUUAAUGCAUGUGAGAAUCACAGUGAGUGAGUUUUCUAUUUCCCUCUGUUGUCAGAUAAUAGCUAAAUGGCUGCCAUAUUUUCCAAGUGUCACAUUAGGCCUUUUUUCGUUAUGUACUUUAAAUAGCAGGUCGUUUGUGUAAAAUGUUUUAACUGUGAAAUGAGCAGAAUAAUGCUCAUAUUGAAUGAUGUUAUAUUUUUGUUAAAGCCAUUAAAGGAUACGGCAAGUCUUUGAUACUGUUCUUGAUUAAUUGCGAUGUCACAUACUGUAUAUGCUUAAUAAAUGCAUUU